AUGUUCAGAGGACAAUUUGAAACCUCAAUUGUAGUGGCAACAACAGCGAACGUUAUCAUUCAUAUUGAAUUUCAAAAUACGAGUAAUAAUAAAAAAAAGAAGCAAAAGAAAAAUUUCUCAUUUUUUAUUUCAAAUGUUCAAAAGUCUACUAUUGUCGUCGUCGUACAUUUAUCUAAUAAUUUUCUAUUACCAUCAAAUCCUAUUGUCAUCGUCAUGCAACAAACAAAUGAUACAUUAUCACUGAUAUUACCAAUACCAACGGAUAUUAAUGAACUUUAUUUACUUAAUGAUACGUUUACAUCGCCAUUAAUAUCAACAAUAAUUAGUAAAAAUUCAACAAGUUAUUUAGCAUUUUCAUUAAUUAUAUUACCGAUAUUAACAAUAUUUGGAAAUGUACUCGUUGUUAUUAGUGUUUAUAGGGAAAAAUCACUUCAUACUGUUACAAAUUAUUUUGUUGUCAGUUUGGCUAUAGCUGAUAUUACCGUUGCAUCAAUCGUUAUGCCAUUUGCCAUCUAUCUCGAGUGUAAAACUGCUCAUGUGAAAGGAUUGGAAGUUGUUUCUCAUAAAGCACAACUAUCUGCAUAUAAUGCAUUUAAUCGACAUGUGAUUGAUGAAGCAAACGCUAGAAGAUCGCAAUUUGUUGUAUGA